GACCAGCCAGUCCCCAGCGGCCGCCUCCGCCGCGCCGGGAGAGCUGACAAGUUCCUGCGUUUCGCGCCGAGCCCCAAAAGCGCGGCCACAGCUCGGGUCUCCCCAGCAGGUCUGUGCAUUGUAAGUGCCUUUGUGAAAUUGUUCAUACAAGAGACAACUUUAACCCUUUCAAGAAGCUGUCUGCCAGCUAGAUAUUGCUCUUACUUUAUAUGACAUCUGUAGCAGUUUGCCGGCUGCUUGAUGUGAAAUGGACAACAGCAUUCACAAAGCCUGACGAAAAUAUUACAUUGGUCAUGAAAACUACUGAAUGUGUAGCGCUCCCUAUAUAAUCAGUGCCAACGAAGAGAAUACAACGGGAUAAAAUGUUAUCAAGGAGUGUUGUUGCAUGAAAGCCAACUUGCCUAACGAAAACGUGGCAACAAAACAGUCAAGAGGCUAACUUUUUUUUAACAGCCAGAAAUGCUAAUGAGCAUGAAUAUUUUGCAGCCCAAAGUCUACAAGUGGCACAUAUUGAUUGAUGAUUGACACGCUUGCUGAUAAAUAGCUGCCUAUUCAGCUUUGUGUGCACUGGACUCUCUUAAGCACUUCUUACAUCAUCGUUGCGAGGACCUAUUUACAUUGAAAGGGUUUUCCUGAAUUGUUGGAAUUCAUAACUGAAGGUGAUUUCAUUAAUAGUGACUCUCAAAAUCUAAAUCGGUUUAACAUCAUGGCAUUGAAUGUUGCUCCUGUAAGAGACACAAAAUGGCUGACAUUAGAAGUGUGCAGGCAAUUUCAGAGAGGAACUUGUUCACGCUCUGAUGAGGAAUGUAAAUUUGCACACCCACCCAAAAGUUGCCAGGUUGAAAAUGGAAGAGUUAUUGCCUGCUUUGAUUCUCUGAAGGGUCGUUGCACAAGGGAGAACUGCAAAUAUCUUCACCCACCAACACAUUUGAAAACUCAGCUAGAAAUUAAUGGUAGGAACAACCUGAUCCAACAGAAAACUGCAGCAGCGAUGCUUGCCCAGCAAAUGCAAUUUAUGUUCCCAGGAACACCUCUUCAGCCAAUGCCCUCAUUUCCGGUAGGGCCAACAAUAGGCUCCAACACAGCUCUAAGCUUUGCGCCGUAUUUAACACCUGUCACUCCUGGGGUUGGAUUAGUUCCUACUGAAAUUGUUCCCACAUCACCUCUCGUUGUUCCUGGAAGUCCCCCUGUCACAGUCCCUGGGUCAACUACGACACAAAAACUCCUCAGGACAGAUAAACUGGAGGUUUGCAGGGAGUUCCAGCGAGGAAACUGUGCACGGGGCGAAACAGACUGCCGCUUUGCACAUCCUGCAGACAGCACAAUGAUUGAUACAAAUGACAACACCGUAACUGUUUGUAUGGAUUACAUAAAGGGGCGCUGCAUGAGGGAGAAAUGCAAAUAUUUUCACCCUCCUGCUCACUUGCAGGCCAAAAUCAAAGCCGCUCAACACCAGGCGAACCAGGCUGCAGUGGCAGCUCAGGCAGCUGCUGCAGCUGCUACAGUGAUGACUCAGUCGACUGCCAAAGCAAUGAAGCGACCUCUCGAAGCAACUGUAGACCUGGCCUUUCCUCCUGGUGUACUUCACCCUUUACCAAAGAGACAAGCACUAGAGAAAAGCAAUGGUGCCAGUGCGGUUUUUAAUCCCAGUUUCUUGCACUACCAACAGGCUCUUGCUAGUGCACAGUUGCAGCAACAUGCAGCAUUUAUUCCAACAGAUAAUCCUGAAAUAGUCAACAGGAAUGGAAUGGAAUGUCAAGAGGCCUCAAUGAGAACAGCAAAGCAUUGUUAUUGUACAUACUACCCUGUCUCUUCCUCAAUAGAAUUGCCAGAAACUGCAUGCUGAGUAAAGAGUUUGUUCGUCUGGACAAAUCACAAAACACUUAAGAGCUAGUGCUGCUAUAGCAUAUAUGAAUAUUAAAUAUGGUAUGCUUAGUAUAUUCCAAACUAAUCUAGUUAACUACCUGAUGCCAGCUGUGAUGGUUCAAGACAUAAAAGGGUAACAUUUUACUUUUAAAAGUUUUAUACAACACCGUUUACUUCUUAGGAAUAUUGUCUUACCACCAUCGUUAUAGCUAAUGUAAGUAGUCCUAUUCAUACAUUAUUGUAGGGUUCACAACUUUAUGAAUCUUUCAAUGUUAGCAAUAAAUGAUUUACAUUGGCCCCCUAAGCCCAGGAUCCAAAGGACCACAUGAUUAGUUCCACAUGGGGCCCGGCCACUUUGGGGGGGUGGGUUUCUCACCCAGCAGCCCCGCCCACUUCGCCUGGCAAGACUGCCUUCGACAUUGCGGCGUUUUAGAAGUAGUUUGUGACAUGACAAAGAAUUCCACUCAAAGGAAAGUGUGUGGUGCGAGGGUUUUUGUUUUCGUUUUAAUAAUCACACUGGGCAUGUGCAAGCCCUUGAGUCCACCAUGGUAGCUCUUUGGAUCUUGGCCAAUAUAACAACUGCAGAUUUAACUUUUAACCCUUUGACAAUUUUGUACUCUCUAAAAAAGCUCACUUCUCUACUGGGCAGUUGAUGCCAAGACAAAGGAGGCAAUGUGAAAGUGGAACCCUGGAUUCCAGCACAUCACCACCUAAACGUUUCAAAUAGAGGAUCCAAGGUAAAGCACAAAUUGCAGAGAUGCACAUAAGCUGGUUUUGGUUGUGUAUGGAGAAGCUAUACUGGAAUCAUGGCAUUCUAGAACUAAAUUAAACCUUUGCACGGUAUGAUUUUUCAUACCCCUAACAAAGUCUUGACUAUGUUAUUUUACAAAGAGAGAAUAUUUUUUAAAAAAAGCCUUUGCAGAAGUGCCUAAAUUUUGCCACAUCAGACUUGAAACUAAGUGACACUGCGGUCUAUAAUUGAAUCUACACCAACUGAUUAAGCUUUCAGAUUUACAAUCAGGUUACCAAAAAGAACUUGUUAUGAAAUAACUUUUUCCCAAUUAAAGAAAUGGGAAUAUAUGUGAAAAGAUUAGCAUGAUAUACUAAUUUAAUUCAAACUGAAUGCAGUCAUUGUUAAAAUUGAUAAGUGACUUUAAUCUAGAUGAUUAGGAAAAUACUGAACAGGAUAUAGAGAGAGCUUCAUUUUAAUCCAUUGUUACUGUUGCCGUAUUUUUAAAAUCAGGUUAAAGAAGUUGUAACCGGAUUACAGCACAGAGAAAGAAGCUAGUUCUUUUAAACUUUUUCUUUAAAAGCUUAUUUUAUGUCACAGAAAUAUGAAGAUAUCUUUAAUACAGCUAUAUACAUAUUAUAUAUACACAUACAUAUAUAUGGACAAAACAGAUUUUAAUGUUUACUUUUUUAAAUACUGUGUUGAUUUACAAGGUAAUUAUAUACAUUUUAUUAAUGUAGGAGGUUUCUUUCUAAGAUUUGUUUCCUACACUGUUGUACCAAAUAUGUCACAUUUCACAUUUUAUAUGUUGCACAUAUAUCACAUAAAUACAUAGUUUUUAAAUUAUUGUUUAUAAAACAAACAAAAAAACAGCUGUUCUAUGGAAAUAUGUAUAAUUGUUUGAAACAUCUGGUUUUUCCAUGCGAACAUUAUGAAUGAUUGCAGUAUUUUAACUUAGCCUUUUCAGAUUGAUUCUAAGCUUUUUAGCUUUGGCAGCACUGCCUAUUCUGAGAGACCAGAAGCACUAAUUGGUUUUUUUGCUAAUGAAAUAAUUUUUCAGUGUUAAUCUUGUUUUCCAAAUGUCUAAUAUCUGUUUAUAUUAAAACAGUAGCUUUCAUCACCUAAUGGGGAGAAAACCCUAAAAUCUGAUGGUAAACAUAGUAUUUGUAUUCUUGCAUCUGUCUUAAUUUGUGAGGAUUAUGCAUUUUAUUUUAUUUUUGUUUGUACAUUUUCUCAGUUGUUAUAACUAGAUUGCUGACUUGGCUGUUUACCUACAUCUGUAGUUGUUGGGUUUUUUUAAUAAUCCACCUAAACAUUUGGUAGUUUAUUGGACAAUACUAAAUGGCAAUUUAUAUAUGUUGUUUAAAUAUUUAAACUGUAGAAAGAACAUUUUAGUGAACAUAUUAUGUUUAAGCAAUUAUUUUCUUAGAACCACUCCAAUAUUGUUUUCUAUCCACUAAUGAUCAAACUUUCAGUACAUAGAUGAAUUUUCCUCCUGAACAAAAAGAGAAAAAGAGAGAACUUAUUUUUAAAAAAACAGAGUUCCACUGUAUUGGCAUGCAAGUUUGUUCUGUUCCUACAUUUU